ACAAGACUCAUCAGCUACCUAUAAACGAAUCUGUCAUGUCGUCCGUCUCUCCACCCUACCGUCUCGCCGAAGCGCCAGGGAAGAACCACGGUCUCUUCGCCACCCGUCCCAUCGCGACGGGCGAACUGGUCAUCUCGGAAGCCCCCCUCUUCACAGCUCAAGGCCUGUUCGAAGUCGGUCCAGCGGUCCAGAGAUUGAGCGCUGCUGAAAAGACCGUCUUUGAGGCUUUGACCGACGCUUAUUGUCCUGACAAACCUACCCCGGUGACCAGGUUCAAGACGAACGCGCUUCCCCUCGGGGUAGGGUCGACCCGGGGCGGGUUGUUCCCCCAGAUCAGCAGGAUCAAUCACAGUUGUCGACCGAACGUGCAUCAUUCGUGGUGCGAAAAGCUCGGGAAGGAGGUCAUCUACGCCUCGUCCCCUAUCGCGCCAGGUGAAGAGAUCCUGACGACCUACCUCGAACCGUACGCUUCGACCGAAGAACGUCGACGGAUCCUCGCGACCGACUUUCGGUUCGUCUGUCGAUGCGACGUCUGUGAACGCGCUGAUCCUGCCAACGACGCCCUCCGACAAAAGAUCGCCCAGCUCGGGGAUAAGAUCUUGUAUACCUCCCGCAGGGAUCCCAUCGGCGGCUUACGGUUGGCCAAGGAACGACUGAGAUCGAUGGAAGAGGAAGGUUCGGGGGAUCCCGCCGAAUACUCGGUGACGCACUACGACGCCUACCAGACCUGUAUUGCCGUCUCCGACCUCGAGGCGGCCAAGCGGCAUAUGGGCCUCACGUACGCCUACCGGUUGUUAUCCGAAGGACCUGAUAGCGCGGAGAUCCCCCGAAACCUAUCCUUGUACAGGAGUCCGGGGUCGCACCCUGCCACGGGUAUGCACGGACGGAGGACCAUGCCCGGUAUUUGCGAUGGAUGUGGCAAAGAAGCCGCCGGAGGUGGUGGGAAAAAGGGGAAGGGCGCAUCCAAGCUCUUGGUCUGUGAAGGUUGCAAGUGCGCGAUCUACUGCGACAAGGAGUGUCAGGCGAAGCAUCGGGCGUUGCACCAGGCCGCUUGCUCGGUGCCGGACGUUUGAGGUAGGAAAGGCAGGGUGGAAAAGGGCGCUUUCAAGCGUACAUUACAUUUACGUUACUAUGGACUGACGAAUUACGGACUGCGACAUUACGAGACUACGAGGCUACGAUAUUACGGACUGAAGAAAUUACAGACUGACGACGCAUGAUGUUACGGAUUGACGGCCGGGGUUUCAGCCGGCGAUACAUACGAUAUACGAUAGAUAUGGCCUCGAGAAUAGCAUGCUCUGAAUAGUAGAUAUAUAAUAUACCAUAUCGUACGAUUUACGCGACUACUUUCGCCUGCUUUGAUCGACUGCUAGACCCCGAGUCUAGCGGAUGACGAGCCGGUUGUGAAAUUACACGAUGAAACCCGGCGCGGACGGAGGAAAUCCGAAUGAUGAUGCCAUGAGUUUAAUGGUCGACGUUGUUGUUGCACCGUCGUGACGAGACGUUCCGU